AUGGAAUACAUAUUAAAAGUAAGCAGCAAAGAAGAGCUCCGCGGAAAACUGGUUUUUGUGGACGAGUAUCUGGGCGCAAACAGCGACUCUUUUAUUUCUGAGGUGAUGGAGGCGUUUCCGUCGCACCGCGUGGUUUCCUACUACAAGCUGCCGGCAGAGUACAGAACGGAAAAUGCGGUGUCUUUUCUGGACAGCGAAUAUCAAAAAGAUGGUUUCACUCAAGACAGUGACAUUUUGAUAAUUGAUGGGUGGAGAAACCGGAGCAAUGCAGUGGAGAGGGGCGAGCUUGUGCUGCAGGACAGCGAGGACAGAGAGUGCAUGCGCGUUCCGGUGAAAAACAAAACAGUGUUUCUUAUCAGCAGGUCGAUACAGCAGGCCAACUACUCCGACCUGUACAAGGGCUUCAUGCUGGUCAGCAUGCACCCGCUGAAGAUAUCCACAGAGCACACGCACCGCCUGCAAAUAACAGUGCGCGAAACUAGGAAGGAGGUGGCUCUCCUGUACCACCACAAAGCCCCCAGAAAAUACACACUGUGUGCAUGA